AUGGACGCCGCUCAAGCCAAGAUACAGACCGGUGAGGCCAUCAUUGGCUACACCUUCAAUGACAAGCAUCUGCUGUGGCAGGCAAUCCAAACCUCGGGUGUUGGUGCUGUUCCAAAGAACACACGUCUUGCCGUCUUUGGUGAGACGGCCCUCACCAAAAUGCUAUGCAGUCGCUGGUUCGAAUUGAACCUUAGCAAAGGCGAUUGGACGACGAUUAGAAACGUGGCCCAGAAUUCCCAUCUAACACGGGUUGGAUUUGAACAUGGCCUGAAUGCCUGCGUACUGCUCAAUGGCGGAACCGGCGCCGUGUCGGGUAAAACAAUGGCCAGCACUGUGGAGGCUAUCCUGGGGGCAGUCGAACUCGAUGGAGGCUCUGAGGCUCUGAUGGAAGUGGCAACGCGCCUAGACCUUGUCCAUCCAAUGCUUAUCUCGGUAACGUCAAGCUUAUCCUUCCCUCCAUUGAACGAAACUAUACAUACAAAUAACUGGGUGACUUCUAGAGCCCUACCAUUAGCGAUUCUUCCCUCCUCCACGCAUGGCUCAUUCAGCACCAUUUGCUAUCGUGUCUUCGCUCGACGUCUCCGUAAGGUACGGGUAUUGGAAUGA